AGCAAGAGAUGCAAACGCGUGGUUGACUUGUCAGGAUACACUAAAGUAAAUGCUGCCCACGGACGUUGGCCGCAGGAUGGCUUCUGUCAAGUAGCGUACCUUAGAGACCACAGUACAUCAAGUUACCAGCUCUCAGUCGAUAUGUACAACUUCAUUGGAUGGCGAGGAGUCAACUCUGGUCAUCCAGGAGUGUUUUUCAACGCCGAAGAUGAAGAUAACUAUGACUUCGUCUUUUUCAGGUUUGUUGCCAUUUAUACACGAGUAAGAGGGAAGAUGUCAUUAUUUUGGUUUCAAACCAGAGCGACAAUCUGAAUUUUAAAAAACCUUCUUACGACCAGUUCAGUUUACGGAAAUGAUUUCGGAGUAUUAGAAGUUCUAUGUGAAGAUGGGGAGUGCUAUAUUAGCUGACAUGUUUUCGUGACUCAGUCAUGCAAUAAUCCUUUAAGGUUUAGUUGCAUUCGCUUAAUUUUACUUAUUGUUUCUUUUUAUUUCCCAGGCCUCAUUUGUCCAGCAUAUGUUUUCAGACAGGUUACGUUUACAAUGGUCAACCAAAAUUUGACGGAGCAAAGUCCGGCUCUUGCCCUAACGGUCCCCCCAGGGGAGCAGAGUGGUUCAACAUCAAGGUGGUUGUGUCGAACUCCACUCCUGCCGGGCAAGUAAGGGUCUACCUGAAAGGAACAUUGGUGACGUUUUUCAACCCGCGCUAUCCAAUCAGAAAACGUGGUGGUGUCUUGGUUGCCAAUGGUUACCAUAAUGUGGUGUAUUACAAGAACUUCAAGUUAUUGUAA